AUGUCCAAUAAUUCUCUCCAUCAAAGCCAAGAAAGUACAGAAAGCAAUUCAGAAAAUUCUAUCGAACAAAAUGUAAAUUUGGAUGCUUUACAAAAGUCCGCAUCGAACGUAUUUCACGUACAAUGUACCUCUAUACAAGAAUUUAGCGAAGGUGGUUUUCAUAAAGUGUACAUCUUAAAGAUGGAAGAUGGUAAAGAAUAUAUUGGAAGAGUAGCAUUCCCUGUAUAUUCACAAUGGAAGACAGAAAGUGAGGUAGCUGUUAUGGAGUAUAUUCGUUUAAAUUCGAACAUCCCUGUUCCCAAAGUUUAUUAUUGGAAUAGUUCUGUCAAUAAUCCGGUGGGAGCAAAAUAUAUUUUAAUGGAAUAUUUACCCGGCAUUCGUCUUUGCGAUAUCUGGAGUGACCUCAGCAUGGAAAAAAAAAAGAUGUUUCUAUUAAAAAUUAUUGACAUUCAAUUGGAACUUAAAAAACUUUCAUUUUCAAAAAUUGGUAGUAUUUUUUUUGAUGGCAAAAAUGAUCAAUUUAAAAUUUGUCAUGUGAUUGAAAGCGACUUUUUUACUGGUAAACGAGCAACUUUAUCAGCCAUGGAAAGAGGUCCUUUCGACACAACUAAUGAAUAUAUUUUAGCUUUUAUUCGAAACCAGAUCCUUUAUCAUUAUACCUUUAAAUCUAUAGAACAACAAAAAUACUGA